AUGACCGAUUUCUAUGAAAUACUCGAAGUCGAGAAGACGGCCACCGAAGAUGAAAUCAAGAAAGCAUAUCGUCGAUUAGCUUUGAAGUGGCAUCCAGAUAAAAAUCUUCAAAACAAGAGUCAAGCCGAAGAAAAGUUCAAGCUAAUCUCCGAAGCGUACGAAGUUCUCUCAGACAGUCGUGGACGGUUUCUCUAUGAUCAACUGGGCUCAUCAAUUGUUUAUAGCGAGCGUACCAACGAAGAAUUAGAAGAGCUGUUUCGUACGAUCAUUGAUGAUGACGAGUUUCUUAACGUUUGCCAGAAAGAAUUCGAACAACACGAUAAAUUCGAUAAAGAAGAUCUGCCAUCGUUUAUUCUCUCCACGAAUAAAAACGACUAUGAGGAAAUUCCAGCCACAACGGAAAGCGAAAAUGAAUUGAAGCCACGCGUCGUUCAUGAAAUAAACAUGUCAGUUUACUAUGACUUUCAUGUCGAUCGAGAGAAUUCCGAUCUAAAAUUCGUUAAACGAUAUAUCAAUAUUAUUCCGGAAGAAAAUGAAACUAUGAUGAAAAAUAAUCGCUUCUCUAAUCUUAAUCUCUCAAACGACAUCGAUCGUCUCAUUAAAAUGCACGAUUACGUUCGACAUUCUCCACAACAUCAUCAACAGACUACACCAUUGCAACAGCAGCCACCGUCGCCACCACAGCAGCAGCAGCAGCAGCAACAACAACAACAACAACAUACACCACAGCAACCAUCACCCACACCGCCACAACCGGUACAACAUCCCCCGCCUCAGCAAACGCCGGUAGUUAUGCCUCCGAUCGCACCUCAAACGCUAGAACCAAAACUAGUGAAAUCCGAAACUCAUCACCAUCAUCAUAAGAAAGCAACUAUAAAACGGCGACAAACGUACGUGGAACCGCGUCGACGCUCGACGAUCUCCUCAACAAGUGAUUCGCGCGAAUUUGAUUCGGCAGCAUUAGCUCGAAUUGUUGAAGAGCAGUUAGAAGCUGCACGGUUCGCUGCAACCCUGGAAAACUUCAAUCCUAUUAAAAGUCAAACUUCUCGCAUUCAUUCGAUUCAUCGUGCAAAAUUCAUUCAAGCACCGACGUUCCUUCCGCCAGUCAAAGAACAAACGCCUCGUCAUCGUAUCGAUGACAUCGAAUUUCCAAAGACAAAUCUAAAUUGUUUCCUACGCAAACCAUGCACUUUGAUGGAUAAUAUUAUCUCUCAACCCAUUCCAUCCCAAGAUGAACGCGAUAAACUUCUAAUCCUUGGUCAACAAGGCAUCAUUUCAUCUGCUGUCGCAUUGGGUGCAGAUAAAAUUCCCAAUAAUAUCAAAUCUAUCGAAUUAUUAGAAAUUCCAAAUACGAAACCAACGGAAAAUCCGUAUCAAGAUUUUCGCUUAAUCAGUUACGAAACACUCGACGAUUAUCCUUUGCCAGCUAGUCCUGGUCUUCGCCGUGCGAAAUCGAUGAGACAUAUGAGUUCUCAAACUGAUACAGGAGACAAACGUCCCUCACCGACAAUCAAUGAUGCAAUAUCAGAUAAUUCAACGAAAUUAACUUCGCCAUUAAAAAGUAUUCGACGUAGUAUCCGUCAGAAAAAUGAAACAGCACUUAAUAAUAAGCCAGUUUUCAAGGAAAAAAGUAAAGAAGAUAAACGUCGACGGUACGAUCAGUUGGGUAGAGGAGCUUUUACCAAUGGACAUGGUGGUGGUUCUUCAUCGCGUGAAGGCUAUGACAGAUUUUCCGAAGACUUUCUUAAUCGAACAUUUCAUUUUCACAAUCCAUUCGAUAUCUUUGAACAAUUCAUGUCACACUUCGGCAUGGAAGAUGAGUUUGGUUUUGGUAUGCAUCCAUUCGCUGAUUUACAUCGUCGUCGUAGUAGUCGAGAUCCGAACAAUUCCAAUAUCAGACGUGCACCUCAACAGAUGACUUUGUUCGAUAAUUUCUUUUCUCCAAUGAGAACGUCUUUGUUCAAUCAUCAUUCAUUUGCCGGUGAUGUCGGAGGAGAUAAUAUGGGAACUAUUUCAUCAUUCAAUUUCUCCUUCGGUAGUGGCAAUGGAGCUCGACCGAUUUCGAAGAAAACUACCAAAUCAACUAAAAUAGUCAACGGCCGACGUGUCACAACGACGAGAAUCCGAAAAUAUUUAUUAAACGAAGUGAAAAUAAUGAGUGGAUCCGAUCCGAAUGGUAUAAUAGAAAGAACACGUGCGCAGACCCUGUCAUUACCGGUGGAACUGUCGGUCGAAAAAAUUCAAGAUUUUCAAGCGGCGUUCAGUAUUAUGGACAUACAGUCGAAGGGUUUCGUUGGUCCCGAUGAUAUAAAUCAAGUCGCGCAAGCGGCAGAUAUGGUCUUGGUAGAAAAUGAAGCACAAUUAUUGCUUGGAUCAGCAGACGAAGAUCACUCCGGUGGAAUUGAUAUGAGAGAAUUCAUUUCGAUUAUGACAACACCGAUCAAUCAACAAGAUCUGGAAGAAGAACUUCGUGCAACAUUUCGAGUUUUUGAUAAAGACGGAAACGGAACGAUCAAUGCUAAUGAAUUGAAACGAUUUGUUCGAUUAUGGGACAGCGAAUUAACGGAAGAUGAAGCUGAUGAUAUGAUUGGACAAGCUGAUCCGAAUAAAACUGGUUCGAUAACUUACGAUGCAUUCGUACAAUUUCUUCUUCACACAUAA